ACACACACACGCGCGAACCCUCACAAGAGAGGAGCGGAGAGGAGAGGAGAGAGAGGCUUGGGCAUUCCCUCACAUUCCACUUGACAGAUCUGCGCGGUGAAGCUGCUGCUCCUGUAGUGAGUGGAAGAAACACAUUUCUCCUCAGCGCUUGAGGGGGAUUCAUCACGAGAACACAAUGCAGGAGGAUGGCAAGGUGGUGGAUGGCAGUCUGCUGGGUGAUGCCAAUGGGGUGGAGCCUGGCACAGGCCGACAGAAGGAGAGCGGCAAAUGGCAGAGGCCUCGAUUCACACGGAAAGCCCUCAUGAGGUGCUGCCUGGUCAAAUGGAUCAUCGCCAGCACUGGACCCAAAGAGCAAGACGACAGCAGUGACAGUGACCUCGAGCUGUCCACGGUGCGACAUCAGCCUGAGGGUCUGGAGCAGCUGCAGGCUCAGACCAAAUUCACCAAAAAGGAGCUGCAGUCCCUUUAUAGGGGCUUCAAAAAUGAGUGCCCAAGUGGUUUGGUUGAUGAGGAAACUUUCAAGACCAUCUACUCUCAGUUCUUUCCCCAAGGGGAUGCCACCACAUAUGCCCACUUCCUGUUUAAUGCAUUUGAUCUUGACAGAAAUGGCUCAAUUCGUUUUGAGGACUUUGUGAUUGGUCUGUCCGUGUUGCUGAGAGGAUCUGUCACUGAAAAGCUCAACUGGGCUUUCAACCUUUAUGACAUCAACAAGGAUGGAUACAUCACUAAAGAGGAGAUGCUGUUAAUCAUGAAGUCAAUCUACGACAUGAUGGGCAGGUAUACCUACCCCAGUGUGCGAGAUGAAGCUCCAUCUGAACAUGUGGAAAAGUUCUUCCAGAAAAUGGACAGAAAUCGAGAUGGUGUGGUCACUAUUGAGGAGUUUAUUGAGACCUGUCAGAAGGAUGAAAACAUCAUGAACUCCAUGCAUGUAUUUGUUUGUGUGUUUUAUGUAGGGAGUGGGUCGGUGCGAUGCUAA